UAGGGCUGUUUUAUUCGUGGAUGUGUAUGCAUGAGUUCUGCAUCGAAUGGGCGCAAAAACCGCCCCAGAUCCGCCGGGAACAUCUUCCAGAUCGGCAAGCCUCCUUGCCGAGACCCGGAGAGGAGGGAGAGCACCGAAAGUACCCGCAAAGCCCAGCGCGCCGUGGCCGACUGCAGAAUGAUCGUCCAAGAGUUCAAUACGCUCGUGGCUCUGUACCGUGAACUGGUCAUCUCCAUUGGGGAAAUCACCGUGGACUGUCCUUCUCUCCGGGCCGAGAUGCUGAAGACCCGAACUAAAGGCUGCGAAAUGGCGAGAGCGGCGCACCACAGCCUCUCCUUGAUAUCUGGGCCAGAGGACGGGGAGAUCCACCCUGAGAUCUGUCGGCUCUUCAUCCAGCUGCAGUGCUGUCUGGAGAUGUACAUCACCGAGAUGCUCAAAUCUGUGUGCUUGCUGGGCUCCCUGCAGCUUCACAGGAAAGGUAAGGAUUCCUGUGUUCCUCCCGGGGUCCAAAGUAAGACGGAGGACAGCUCAGACAUCCCCAUCCUGGAGGACACCUCUUCCUCCCCCACGGACUUCCCUCAGCUCUACUGGCUGGUGGCCACGGAUAUAGAAAACAUAGAAAAGGACAUGAGGGAGAUGAAGAACCUUCUCAGUAAACUCAGGGAGACAAUGCCUUUACCCUUGAAGAACCACGACGACAGCAGUUUGCUGAACCUGACUCCCUACCCACUGGUCCGACAGAGGAAGAGGCGGUUCUUUGGGCUCUGUUGCCUGGUAACCAGCUAAGGGCCUCGCCUUCGUGGGUAGGAGGCGGCAACAAAGACACCAU